GUCUACCAUUAGGCAACAGCUUCACAGCAGAGAGCCAGCCAAAGGGGAGGAGGGCUCCUACACUUUCCUCUGCCCACGACACAUCAGCCCUUGGCACAGGCUCUGUACCACGCUCACAAAUCCACAAUCCAACGCUUGAAUCCCAAGUUACAGCAGACAGAGAAGGGGAGGGCAGUUAUCUGAGGCUCUCAGUACCCCCAUGUGCUUGGUUGGAUCAUGGAGCUGCACUGUCUUCCCACUGAGACCCCCACCACAGCCAGCUCCUGCUCCACGGACCCCUCGUACGACAACUGCCCACCUUUUGCACAGCGAGGGAGAGCCAGGGAAAAGGAAAUGAAGAGUAGGGUUGUGUGUCCGGCUGUAACCAGACUCCCAGGCCCCUGCAGCCCUCUGCCUGGUCUGGCCCCAGCUGAGGUUCCCACACUGGUCAGAGGGGCUGGCGCUUGGCCAGAUCACAGCUACAGCAGCUGGAGAGGAGCCCUGGGAAGACAGGUCUGGGAAGCAGAGCUGGAUCCAGGCGUAAACAGAACAAGAGGAGGAGAUAGAGGAGGAGAACAGGGAGGUAGCUGGGGACUUGAGGAUAGAGCUCAUAUGAACAAGAGCCCCAAUCCAUCACAGAGUGAGAAGCACAAGAGUGCCCUCUCUCUGUACGAUAACCUCCCAGAUGCUGUCACCCCUGACAGCCCCCAAGAGGUUUUUGACAUGGAAACAGGCUUCCAGGAACAGAUGUACCAAGCAUGGGCCCCUGAGCACAACCAAGGACUGAUAGACGACGAGGCAGUAAGUGAAGACAAAAGCCCCUGGUCCUCCUGUGAGAUCAUCCUUGCUGAAAGUGAUUCCAGUCACCAGGACCAGAAUCCAGACCAAGACAUGAAGCAUGAACAGGAGCCCGAGCUGGACUCAGGGUCCUGUGGAUUUAUGCAGGAGGACGCGAUGCUGCAUCUCAAGCUCCCAAUUUUACCUCCUCAACAACUAAAUCUUGCAGCGAGCUCUCCUCAGUUAUCCCUAACUGAGUGCCAGGUUUCAUGGCCCCCAGUUGGAUGUCAGCACCCAGAGCCAGGAUCCAGGUCUCCAAGGGUGCCCCCUCCCGUACCCCUGGCUGACCCCUCAGCAAGUGCCCUUCGCAGCCUCCUCACUAGCGUCCAACAACAAAUAGUCAGACAGAGGGAGGAGUACGAAGCACGGAUAAUCAGCCUAGAGCAAAGAAAUGAAGAGUUGCAGGAAGAGGUUGUUCGGUUGAAAGCAAACCUUGCACAGCAGCGGCACUGGUACCAGGUUGUCCAGGCUAAGAUCGUCGAGUCUGAAAGAGCCCGCUGUACCGCAGAUCUACGCAAUGCAACACUGCAGAAAGAGAUGGAGCAGUUCUUUGACACCUUCGGAGAGCUCAACAAUGAAGCCAAGAAGACUGAACGUAUCGUCAAGAGCUUUUGAGAAGAAAAAGAAAAAAAAAAAGUGAACUGUGUGUGAUGAUAUAAACAGUGUUUGCAAAAGAGAAGGGCAAAAGGCACAAGACUGGCUAGUCUUUAAACUCUAGUUAAGAUCUAGAAUAGUAGUUUGUCACUAUAAAUGCAGAUAUAUAUAUACAAUAUUUCCCUCCACAGUUGUGAAGGAUUUCAGUUAUUUCUUCAUAAAGAACCUGAGAAAUGUACAAAACAACAUCACUAAAAGAAAAUGACUCACUGAUGUCCACUUUAUUAGUUACAUACGGGCAAAAGAUGUUGGCCAAGUGAUUAUAUUGUGGUCAUUGCAAUCACACAGGACAUCUCUGAAAAUAAAAGAAAAAACUAACUGAACAAAAAUGUGAGAUGUUCAGUGUAUACAAUG